CUCCCGCCCGAGGCAUUGCUGCCUCUCCCGACCACGGCAUCCCACCCCGACACUGAACUACAACAAAGCUACUUCAUCUGCGGUUGUGGGCUCGGAUCGCCAUGCCUGGCGGACCACGGACACUAGUUGCGUCUGUCGCCGACGUCGACGACUCGGGGAACGAAAUUGAGGGCACCGGCCGGUACGCAUCGUCGGUUGCCCCAAGCAGCCCCGCAAAAGAACAACCCAACACCGGCCGGGCGAGAAGGGAAAAGGCCAGGAGAGCUUCGUCGCCGAUCACUGCUAGCGCUGUUACCGAUUCUGACUCGACACUGCAACCGAGAGGGGACUCGGCCAAGAAGCCGAGCAAGGACCGUGAGAAGUCGGCUUCCAGCAAAAAGGCGCUCAUGGCCGCCUCGCGCCCGGCGGGUAAACAUGGGAAGACAUCAAGGAGAGCGAGCGAGGCUGCCUACUACGGCGUCGACCCUUCUCUCAGUCCGGCAGUUUCACGACCAGCGCCCCAGAGCAGGCCGUCGAGCUUUUACGGCCCGUCCAGGCCACCACCAUCGAACGCCCGGUUCUAUGCCAGCCAAACACCAGGCCCUUCCUUGCCAGCCCCGUUCCCGCCCCCUUCAUGGAUGGGCCCGGGGCCGCCGCCCCCUCCUGGGCCUGGACCCGUGCCAUCCCACUUUGGACCGCCGCCCUCCUCGGCUCCUCUGGUGAUGCAUCACCCGCCCCCUCAAACAGGUCCCGACUUAUUCGCUCGCCCGCUGGAACUCCGCUUUGGGACUUCUCGGCCGCAGUCCGCCAUGAGCUUUCGGCAGCCCCCCGCCCUCGAGUAUGAUGAUGAUUACGAGGACCCAGUGGAGAGGUCCCUGACAAGGCGCCCUUCGACGACUCGGAGAGCCUCCAAACACGAAGAUGACCGGAAAGCGAUGCCGCCGCCUCGCAGGCCUGCCUCUGCGCGCCCGACCGCUCUCGCUUUCCGCCCCCCACCAGCCACGCCGGCUAGACGGAGGACGGGCUAUGAUGACCCGGAGACGGAUGUCGAAGAUCCUCUCUUCAACGAUAUCUCGCCUCCGGGACCGGGGAGCUAUGAUCACACAAGGCAUUUCCCACCGCAGAGGGGUUUUGGUGCCGAUUUCGGAUAUGAUGUGCCCGAUUACCAGACCGAGGUAGCCGGAAGACGACGACGUAAUACGUAUUACGGCGGCCAUUCAGGCUCUUCCGGGAGCCUCUACGAGGACAAGAUCCGGCUCGCUACCCAGUAUCAGGAUGCGGUUGGCGGCGGGGCUCAGGUACCGUUGACGGCCGAAACCCUCCGGAAGGCAGGCAGAAGUGGCACCAGCAGCAGGUCCACCAGGAGCUCGGGGAGCCACGACGAGAGCGAGUACAGACAGUCGGCUACAACCCGGACCACGAGGUCAACGGCAGCCAACGAUGAGGACGUCACGAUCAAGGUGAAGGGGAGCACGGUGCUCAAGUUCGGCAACACGGAGAUGCAGUGCCAGGACGGGGCAGAGAUCAACAUCACAUCGAGAAGUGGCAACGCGGAGAUCCGCGCAACCGGCAGCGACAGGUCGACUUACACUGACCGGGAGGACGACCGCCGGACCAGGGUCGACAUUCCCAAGUCACGGGCGCGCGCGACCUCGAGGGCUAAAUCUCGGCCCAGGUCCUUCUCGCACAACCCGUCCAAGUACGACCUCGGUCCAAAGUACGAUAUUGGCCCACCCCGCGGCUAUGAGUAUGGGUCCAGAUACGACGAUUUUGACGCCGACUACGACGGCUACACGACGUAUACCCCGCCGCUGCCGCCGCCGCCCCCUCCGUCCUAUCCCGAAAUCCUUCCUCCGUCCUAUCCCGAAUUCCCUUCGUCGUACUCGUCGCGGCACGGCGAUGCAUACUACGGCGGGCCACCAUAUUGACGGGCAGGAGUAGGAGGCAAAUGACGGUGAAGGCGGGGCGGAUUAUUUUGGGCCACCCAACCCCCCCCCCUCCCCCCCCCUUCUUUCCCCCUUUCCCCCCCUUUUUCCGGCUGGCGAGACAUUGAAUGUGACGACGUUGAUGAACAUCUGAUGAUGGCAUAGGGUCAGAGGACCCGCCAACGACUCGAAAUGUCAAAAGGAUGAUGAUAAUGACGCUAUAAUGUUACUUUUUUGUGCAUGAUCGUUGAGCAUCUCUAUUUCUCGUGCCAGUUUUCGGCGGUAUAUGAUCUAAUCUAGCGAGCGUUGGCUUAUCUGCUUUGUUUUCCGAGGCUCGCCUGGAGGGCGGCACACUUCUUUUCUGGAUUACAUCUCUUCUUUUU